ACGCACGCACGCACGCACAGCGACAAGCGGGCGGAGGAGGAGGGAGAGGUUGGAAGCGCCACGCCCAGUCAGGAGGGUUACGCGUCCCUCGUGCGACCGCCAAGAUGGUGGUGGGUGCGUUCCCCAUGGCGAAGCUGCUAUACUUGGGCAUCCGGCAGAUCAGCAAGCCGCUUGCCAACCGCAUUAAGGCGGGCGCCCGCCGAAGCGAGUUCUUCAAGACCUAUGUCUGCCUCCCGCCGGCUCAGCUGUACCACUGGGUGGAGAUGCGGACCAAGAUGCGCAUCAUGGGCUUCCGGGGCACAGCCAUCAAGCCGCUGAACGAGGAGGCGGCCGCCGAGCUGGGCGCCGAGCUCCUGGGCGAGGCCACCAUCUUCCUCGUGGGCGGCGCCUGCAUGUGCGACGAGGUGGGCCGCCUGGCGCUGGCGCUCGAGGCGCUGCAGGCGCAGGUGCAGGCGCAGGAGGCGCCGAGAGCCCUGGAGGAGCUGCAGGCGCAGAUGCAAGAGGUGCGCGCUGAACUCUACACCCGGGACGCGGAGGCGCGGUCCAAGUCCACGUCCAAGUCCGAGAAAUAGGCUGCUGAAACCUGAACUCGGAUGUGGCCAUGUGCGCCCUAAUGUGCUGGCCCAGCGGAAGCCACUGAGAUUUUGAUGAACUUGGCUGUUGGUCACCCCCUGCUGACCAGCGGUAGUACCUUGCACUGGGACUGUGAAGCGUUCCAACAUAGCCCCCUCCUUGGCUCAUUGGUACAGCCCGCAGUGCUCACCUCUCCACCCCAUCCCAAACCUCACCGGCCUUCCAGGUCCCAGCCAGCAGGGAGACAUGCUCACUCCUCUGGCAGAAGGAAAACAUGGAACCUGGACCUCAGCUGAGCAGCCUGUCAAGCUCCCCAUUUGCCUGGUCAGUGCUACCUUCCCUGGGACACUCGGCCAUUACACGGAACACCCCCUUCUUUUGAUCAGUUGAUCCAGACCAUUGUAAGGAAUGCAGUGUCUUUCCCUGGACUUCUGUCCCCCUUAAGAGGGGGAAAGGAUCCUGGCUUGCAAUUGAUCCACCGAAUAUCUUUCCUAACCUGAUCUGUGAGACCUCCUGAGUCCUCAAGUGGAAUACUCCAACAGAGCCCUCUCCUUCAGUCUGUGGCACCACCCACUGGAAUGGCUGGUCUUCUCAGGCAGUGCCCUCCCAACCCCCCUGACGUGGUGGACUUUGAUUUUUCCCAGGGCUAAUCAACUUGCCUUUCAGCCUCAGCUUCCUGUUAUCUGUAGCCAGAUUCCCCGGGCCUUUCCUGGCUGCCCCUUCCUACCUUCCCCAGGGCCAUGGAUUAGAUGAUCACAUCCCCCAUGUUGCCUUUAAAUGCUGAUCUGUGGGCUCCUGCCCCCUCCCCUGGGGCUCCAGACUGGUCCAGUAGUCCCUCUUCAUGCACUGGUACCUCCUGCCUCCAUAGCCCCAAGUGCCACCUCCAUCUCCCUGGUGUGGGCCCCUAGUUGGUUUUGCCUUCUUUAGUCGUUUCCUAGGGCAGCCUAACAAAUUACCAUAAAUUUGGUGGCUUAGGACAACCAGAAUUUAUUCUCUCCAGUCCUAGAGGCCACAGAUCCAAAGUCAGCUGUUGGCACUGCCUCCGAAGGCUCUAGUGGGGGAUCCUUGUCUCUUCCAGCUUCUGGUGUCUCCAGGCUCCUUGGCUUGCGGCUGCAUUCCCUCCAGUCUCCGCCUCCAUCCUCACGUGGCCUUCUCUUCUGUCUCUUAUAAAGACACCUGUCCAUUGGAUUUAGGGCCACCCUAACUCUAGGAAAGACCCUUUUCCCAAAUAAGCUCACAUUCACAAGUUCCAUCACCUCGCUCCACCUCCCCACCCCAAGAGUGUGCUGGGACUCCUGCCGACCCCAUGGGACAUUUGACCUUCCCCACAUGCGAGAGGAACAGUCCAAGGAGAGCUCCUAUUUUUCAGACUGUAGGUGUUUCCUAAUUAAAGGACUGAGAACCAUUAUAUGGAUCUCCAAAAUGGGUACAAAGCUCAUUAAAAUUAGGAGAGAAGCUGAGAGAUCUGAUGGGGGUGAGAGUCAUCCUAUGAACGGUCCCAGAUGGGGAAACUGAGGCUUGGGAAGCCAAGGGACUUGCCCAGGACCAUGAAGCCCAUGAGGGAUGGGAGCCAGUGGCACUGGGAGGGAAACGGGAGCCCAGGUGACCCUGGGUGCAGGGUGCUUGAGGGAACAGGUGGGGAGCAAGAAGGGAGAUGAGGGGGAGGCAGGUCACUGGGGGGAGGGGUGGGAAUCUCCACAGAGGUCCCAGAGCGGUGCUGAGAGUGGGUGGUCCUCCAUCCCCAAUCACAGCCACCCAAGACCUUGGCAUUCAGUGAAUGGGCGUAGUCAUAGACCAGGAAAUGGGUGGGGCAGGUUUUCUUCCACUUCCCCCAGGUGGUUAAAAACACCUGGCCACAAGACCUGGUAGAAACCCGGUAAACUGGGUUAGUGUAACAUCAAUUCUUCGUAGAAGAAAGGGAGAGUCUGGUGUAGAGGGCGAGGAGAUGGGUCAUGGGUGGGGUGUUCUACAGUAGGAGUGACCCAAGUGGGUUAAAUGAUGAGAGGAAGAAGGCAAGAGAUACCAGUGCAUGGAAGGGUGGUGGACCGAGGAGCCAGGUGGGCAGGCUCAGUGCCUGGUUUCCAUGGUUACCCCUGAGAGGAUUCACUCUGGCCCUGUCACAUCUCUGGAGGACCAGUUGCUGGACGUCAGGGAUCUUGACUGCGAACCCCUCCCCCAUCAUGUUAAUAAACAGCAGUCAGGUGGAAUCCUUUGAGCUCUGGGUGGGUGUCAGGCACUGUUCUAAGUGCU